AUUUCAAGUAAAUGGUGUAAACCAAAGUUUCUGAGGCCGCCAAAUCAAACAAUAGAAUGUUAUUACUCUACGCUGCCACCUCCCAACGUGCAAAUUAAUAAAACUGUUCCUUCAUCUUUUGUUUUUCAUCAUGCCAAGGGUGACUAGAAACAAUUCUUUACAAGAAAAUGUGGUAGACGUUAGUUCAUCACCAGAAAAGGAAGAUGAAAGCAAAAGCAGAGCAAAAAUUGUUUCUGAAUGCAAGGUUCACCAUCCACAGUCCCAAUGUGUAAUGAUUGUCCCAGAUGCCAUGUUUAAUGAUAACAAUACAGAUAUUGUGACUGUUAAUCUACGAAAUCCUAAAACAGGCUCAGGAACUCUAUAUGCCUUUUCCCACAACUAUACAAAAAUCUAUGAAAUUAACCAGUUUGAUGAACCCAAAAGAUCAUGGUUUAUUGACAACUCAGUUCAAUCAGAUGGAUCUCUGUUCCUCACAACCAGCAUAGAUCCAUUAUUCCUUAUCCUGCCAUAUUUAUACAAAGCAAAAUACACAAGCCCAAUAGAUCAACUACUUGUUGAUGAUGAAUAUCCAGAUACAAAGAAGCUAACCACAUGUUCUAAAAUGCAAGAUCUUGAAAAGAUCGCUGACUGUAAACAAUCAGGUUCUUUCCAAGCCUGGAAGUACAAUGAGCAAAAAACCCUAAAUUGGCUAGAAAAAAAAGUCUCACGUAUAAGUCAACAUCUGAAAGACAGCAGUUUUAAUGUAACCCACUCUACGGUUUCCGCUAACUAUGUCAAAGCUGCUGCAGCAAUUGUGCCCGAAAGUUCGUUUAUGCGAUACGCAUUUGGGUUGGUAACCGAAUACCUAUCUGACGAACUGACUGCAGCUUUAGAAAAUCACCUUAAUCUGCCAGUAGUCCCGAAAUUGGUUAAGGACGAGGAAAGCAAUGAGCCCCCAGCUAAACGAAAAAAAAUUGCCGGCAAUCCAAACCAAGAACCAUUGGAAGAUUACAGUAAAGAUCAAAAACCACUUACCAAGGAAAAACUUCUUGUAUCGGCAAAAUCAAAAGCAUUAGCCAGUGCAGCCAAAGGAUCAAAAAGUAUAUCCUCCUUUUUUGGGAAGAAAUAAAGCUUGUCCUAGCUCAUAUGAGCACUU